GUCGAAGCAGCCUCUCGCCUGGAGCGAGAUGGACCCAACCGGGUCCGAGAAAUGGACACUGUAUCGAUAUGGAAGAUCAUGUUGAGGCAAGUUUCCAACAGUUUAACCUUAGUUCUCGUUCUCACCAUGGGGCUGUCCUUUGGAAUCAACGACUACGUCGAAGGCGGCGUUGUCACUGCCGUCAUCCUACUGAAUGUUGUCGUUGGGUUCCUUCAAGAUUACCGUGCCGAACAAACGAUUCUUUCCUUGCACCAUCUGUCGGCUCCGACAUGUAAGGUCAUCCGGGAUGGACGUGUCGCUUCUGUCAAGGCGGAAUCUCUCGUCGUCGGGGAUGUCGUCCAGCUGGCCGUGGGUGAUAUUGUUCCAGCAGAUGUGCGACUGUUUGAUGGAAUGAAUGCCGCGACGGACGAGGCGAUGCUGACUGGCGAGUCUCUCCCUGUGACAAAGACACCCACCACCACCUUUUCGUCUCGAGAGAUCCCCAUCGGGGAUAGGACAAACAUGGCCUACUCCGGCUGCAGCAUGACCCAAGGCCGUGCCCGGGGAAUCGUCACCGCCACAGGAAUGAAGACGGAGGUCGGCAAGAUCGCUCAGCUGCUCCAAGAACAGGCGUAUGAUGGCAGUGACGAUUUGAACCCGGUGAUGCGAUUCCUCCAUCGAUCCAAGGAGACCGCCAGGAGUAUUCUCGGGCUAGUCGGUACGCCAUUGCAGGUGAAGCUGAGCAAGUUCGCCCUUCUCCUCUUUGCCCUCGCCAUCCUCCUCGCCGUCAUCGUUUUCUCCGUCAAUCUUUGGGAUAUCAAGGGCGAAGUUUUGAUAUACGGCAUCUGUGUCGCCGUUGCCGUCAUCCCGGAGUCACUCAUCGCUGUCCUCACCAUCACCGUCGCCGUAGGGACCAAGUCCAUGGCGAAAGGCAAUGUCGUCGUCCGGAAACUCCAGUGUCUCGAGGCAGUCGGCGGUGUAACAAACAUUUGUUCGGACAAGACUGGGACUCUGACGCAGGGGAAGAUGGUUGCGCGAUCGGCGUGGAUCCCAGACGGAGGAAACCUGUUCGUUCACCAGACGACCAACCCUUACGACCCAACUAGGGGAGUCGUGGACUUUGAUGGGACCUCCUGCAACCCAGAUGAGUUACGGAAUCACAGAUUAGUGGGGAAAUUCCUGACUGCCAUUUCAUUGUGUAAUCUGGCGGUUGUACAGAAGAAGGGGGCCCCGUCGAGAAGCGAGAACGAAAGGGUCGCUGCCGAUGAGAAUGAGUGGACUGCGGUUGGGGAGCCCACUGAGAUUGCUCUGCAGGUUCUGGCCAUGCGGUUCCAAUGCGGGAAGCCCUCGCUACUUGACGAGAGGCAGAUGAGUCUUCGGACAGAGUACCCAUUUGACUCUGCGAUCAAGAGGAUGACUGUCAUCUACGAACUUGCCGAUAGGACCACCAAUGGAGUCUAUACCAAGGGAGCGCCGGAAGCGGUGCUUCCGUGCCUGGCCCUCGGCGAAAAGGACAAGGAAAUCCUCCAGGAGAAGGCAGACCGGAUGGCCGGGGAAGGCCUGAGGGUUCUCUGCGUGGCAUCCAAGGAGGUCUCCAGCACGGACAAACGCCCGCUGUCUGAUCGCAGCGCUGCGGAGACGAAUCUCCAGUUUGCCGGGCUGGUCGGAUUGUACGACCCGCCACGGAUUGAGACGGCUGCUGCAGUGCGCAAGUGCCAGAUGGCUGGCAUCACCGUGCACAUGUUGACGGGCGACCACAUCCGAACCGCGACGGCGAUCGCAGCGGAGGUCGGCAUCCUGGACGCAGUGGUUGGCAACAUCAAGUCCAGCCGGGUUGUCAUGGGGGCGGGCCAGUUCGAUCGAAUGACCGAGGCCGAGAUCGAUGCGAUCGAGCAGCUUCCCCUGGUGAUUGCACGGUGCAGCCCCGCGACCAAAGUCCGCAUGGUGGAGGCGAUGCACCGGCGCAAUGCCUUCUGCGUCAUGACGGGAGACGGCGUGAACGAUUCCCCCGCCCUGAAGCAUGCAGACGUCGGCAUUGCGAUGGGCAAGAACGGCAGCGAUGUGGCCAAGGAAGCGGCCGACAUGGUCCUGACCGACGACAACUUCUCCUCGAUCGUGCGGGCCGUCGAAGAAGGGAGAAGGCUGUUUGAUAAUAUUCAAAAGUUCCUCAUGCACCUGCUCAUCUCGAACAUCUCGCAAGUCAUCUUGCUGCUGGUUGCACUCGCCUUCAAGGACACGGAGAACAACUCGGUCUUCCCCUUGUCGCCGAUUGAGAUUCUAUGGGCGAAUCUGAUCACCUCGUCCUUUCUCGCUAUCGGGUUGGGCCUGGAAGAAGCCCAGCCGGACAUCAUGUACCGCCCACCGCACGACCUCCGCGUCGGGGUCUUCACGCGCGAGCUCAUCGUGGACAAGAUGAUAUACGGCACGUUCAUGGGCACGCUCUGCCUGCUGGCGUUUGUCUGUGUCAUCUACGGGGCGGCCUCCGGGUCCGCGUCCCUGGGCACCGACUGCAACCGGGCCUUGCACCCGUCGUGCCAUGUGGUCUUCCGGGCGCGCGCGACGACCUACGCGACGCUGACUUUUCUCCUGCUCAUCACCGCGUGGGAGGUGAAGCACUUCUCGCGCUCGCUCUUCCGGCUCGACCCCAUCCGCCACCCGGGGCGGUUCUCCGUCUUCCCGACCCUGUGGCGGAACCGGUUCCUGUUCUGGGCGGUCGUCGCCGGGUUCGUGGUGACGUUUCCCGUCAUCUACCUGCCUGUCGUCAACCGGGCGGUGUUCAUGCACCUGCCGAUUACCUGGGAAUGGGGCAUCGUGGUCGGCUGCAUGGCCGCUUACCUGGGGCUGGUGGAGAGCUGGAAGGCGAUGAAGCGGGCGCUGGGCAUCGGCAGCGGCAAACACGGCGCUGGCAUCACGCUGGAAGACGCCGAGACAAGGGCAGGGCUGUCUAUCCCCACGCCGCUGUCGCUGAGCGCGCAGGCGAGUGUGGAGAUGAAGGCGUAGAAAAGACCAGUAACGGAGUAGUGGGGGCGGUAUUAUUAUCAUUCUGGAGAUGCUGUUCAACACACCAUCUAGGAAGAGAAAUCGAAGGAAUCAACUUCCUCUCGACACAGUCGCUUAUGCUGUCUAGUAUCAAUUCGUGAUUAAUUCCUUGACUGUGUACUCUGGAGUAGUAAC